AUGAAUACAGCCCAGGAAAUAGUGGAGUACGGUUCAGAUGAAGAAGGGGACGUGUUCAUCGACUCGGGCGAUGUCCUUGCAGAGGUUCCCAAUGAUGGUGAUCAUCUUAUGGACGAAGAUGAUGAAGCAGAAGAUGGGGUUGGCGAUCUUCCAUCCGGAAAUUCUGAUGUAAAGGACAACUCGCUGCAGCACUUUACCACUCACAAUGGCUCUGUGUUUGCUAUAUCAUGUCAUCCUACGGAACCGCUUGCAGUCUCCGGGGGUGAAGAUGAUCUUGGAUACAUAUGGGAUAUAACGGACGGAGAAGUUAUCGUAAAACUUACUGGACACACGGAUAGCGUAUGCAGCGCGUCUUUCAGCAGCGACGGUCAGAUGGUUGCCACUGGUGGAAUGGAUGGGAAGGUGAGGAUAUGGAGAAGAGUUGGUACAACCGACUUCAGAAAUUGGGAGUUCUUGACUGAACUCCAGGGUCCAGAUGAAGUGAUUUGGCUACGCUGGCAUCCUCGCGGAACAAUUUUACUCGCAGGUUCCAACGAUUCUACGGUUUGGCUGUGGCAAUUACCAUCGGGGAAUACUAUGCAGGUAUUCGCCGGACACAGUGGUCCAGUUCAAUGUGGAGAGUUUACGCCUGACGGCAAGCGUAUAGUAACCGCCUCUGAGGACGGAACUCUCAUGUAUUGGGAUCCGCGAUCACCAACUCCGUUGUUCAAACUCUCACCACAAGACGCCCGUUUUGAUCUUGAGAACAUUACAUCUCUUGCAAUAAAUGCUUCUUCUACACUCGCAGUUGUCGGUGGAACGUCCGGGAGUGUGCGUGUAGUCAGUCUCAGUAAGGGUGAGGUCGUCGGUGCCCUUGGAGGACACACUGAGGGGGAGAGCGUUGAAGCUGUGCAAUUUGUCGAUCUCACUGGAACGGGAAGCAGCCCUGGUGUUGUGGUCACUGGGGGGACGGAUGGGAAAGCGUGUGUAUGGGACCUCACCACAAUGAGACUCCGUGCAACUCUCGAGCAUCAGGACGCAGUAACGUCAUUGUUAACUCACCCAGCACCAAAAAGUCACUUGAUAGUGACAGCAUCCGCAGACAACACGCUCCGCACGUGGGAUGCUCGCACUGGCGCAUUAGUCAAGGAGCACACCGGACACCAUGGCCCUAUACUCAGCGCGUCUCUGGGACUCCAAGGUUCCGUGGUUGUUAGCGGUGGGGAUGAUUCGGCUUGCCUAGUCUUUACUACGGAGGUCGACGAGUCGGGAUAG